GAUGAUCAAUAUGAUCACUAUUGAACAUUUUCGCAUAUAACGGAAUUUUAUAAAAUGGAUCCUCUUAAAAAAUAUUCAGCAAAUCAUCGUCACCAUCAGCAAUUGCCACAAAAACUAUACAAAAGGAAAUAAUUUAAAAAAGAGAGCUUACACAAAACAACAAAAAAAAAUAAAAGAUUUCCUGUCAAAUCAAUCGCUGCUUGGUUGAUUAAAAGUAAUGAAUUAUUAAGAAAAUCAACAAAUUUGACAUUGUCGUCGUAUAAAGCAACACGUACUGCUUGCUGCUGCAGCAAGAGUCCUUAUUAAAAUCGAAAAUCAAACCUACCUCACAAAGUAACCAAGCAGCCAGCCAAGCCAACCAAACAUACAUUCAACCAGUCACUCAGUCAGUCAAGCCAACCAUCGAACAAACCAUCCAGUCAACCGGCCAAAAAGCAACCAGCUGUAUACAAAUUUCAUUUUAUUUGGAAGUUUAAAAUUUGUUGUUCCUUCAUUUUUUAUUAUUAACGUUAUGACUUGAAGGCCAGACACAUUAUUCAACCAACCAACCAACCAACCAUUUUCAGUUGUAGUUGUUGUGAUUUUCGUUUAAAAUCUCUAUAAACAUACAAACGUACACAUAAACCAGUAUUAAAUCUCUCGAAAUUAUACACAUCCAUCCAGUCCAGUCGAUUCAUUUACAACAGCUUUUCUUUUUUACAUCUUUGGCUGGUUGGUUUUUUGGCCAUUUGCCAGAGAAAAGUUAAAAAUAAAUCAUCUAAAAAAAAAGGAAAACUAGUUUUAGUUUUUGCCUUCGAACAAAUAUAAACAAUAAUAAUAACAACAAGAUAUCAGCUUUAACCAAAAACCAUUUAUACUAAAAAAAAAGUAAAAAUUAGCAACAUUAAAAACUCAUUUUCAAAUAGAGAAACUAUUCUCGCCACCAAUCAUAGCAGCUCGUCUCGUCUCUUCUGCUUAUCUGCUAGCAUUGGCAUCUUCUUUGUUAUUUUCUUGUUGUAAAAUACUUUUGCCAUGUCCGCUUCAAUAUUGGCAUUAUCAUCCUCUAAUGGUAACGGAAAUAACACUACUAACAAUGGCAACAAUUCUGGCAGCAGCAGCAAUAGCAACAACAAUGACAACCCGACAAAUACUGCUGGUACCACGACUGGCAAUAAUCGUGAAUUUGUUGAAGGUUGGACACUGGCACAAACACUAGGUGAAGGUGCAUAUGGCGAAGUAAAAUUGUUGAUUAAUCGUCAAACCGGUGAAGCUGUUGCUAUGAAAAUGGUCGAUUUGAAAAAACAUUCGGAUGCUGUUCUGUCGGUACGUAAAGAAAUUUGCAUACAGAAAAUGCUACAGGACCAAUAUAUACUACGAUUUUUCGGUAAUCGUUCACAUGGCCACAUCGAAUAUAUAUUUUUGGAAUAUGCAGCCGGUGGUGAAUUAUUCGAUCGUAUUGAACCCGAUAUUGGCAUGCCACAGCAUGAAGCACAACGUUAUUUCACACAAUUACUAUCGGGAUUGCAGUAUUUGCAUCAACGUGGCAUCGCACAUCGUGACUUGAAGCCAGAAAACUUGCUAUUGGAUGAGCAUGAUAAUAUUAAAAUAUCCGAUUUUGGAAUGGCAACCAUGUUUAGAUGCAAAGGCAAAGAACGUCUAUUAGAUAAACGCUGUGGUACAUUGCCGUAUGUGGCUCCUGAAGUGCUCUUAAAACCCUACCAUGCACAACCUGCUGAUAUUUGGUCAUGUGGUGUUAUCCUGGUGACAAUGUUAGCUGGUGAACUACCCUGGGAUCAGCCCUCAGUUCAAUGUCAAGAGUUUAUCAACUGGAAGGACAAUGAUCGUUGGUCCACCCAAACGCCCUGGAGUAAAUUGGACACAUUGGCUAUAUCACUGCUGCGCAAAGUUUUAGCUACAAAUCCUACCUAUCGUUUGUCAUUGGACAAAAUUUUAGAUCACAAAUGGUCUAAUAUGCAAUUUGUUGAUAGUGAUCGUUCACGUGAUUUGGUCGACUCGGCCGCUGCCUUAGAGAUACGCUCGCCCAAAGCCAAACGUCAACGACAAAUGUCUAGUCAUCACAGCAGUCACAAUAUGGAUGAUUCCAUAUCUCGCAAUUAUUGCUCACAACCCAUGCCGAUUGUGAAGCACGAUUUCGAAGGUCCCAGCAAUCGUGAUGAAGCCAAUAAACAAACGGCGGCCCAAGAACAUCGUCUCGGCUUCUGUUUCUCACAGCCAGCACUGUUGGACGAUCUGCUGCUGUGCACUCAAAUGAAUCAAACACAAUCCGCUUCGCAAAAUGUUUUCCAACGUUUGGUCAGACGUAUGACACGUUUCUUUGUGACACUACGCCAAGAGGACACCAUCAAACGUUUGGUCACCGACAUCGAGCGUCUCGGCUAUACCUGCAAAAUUAGUGAAGAUAAUGUAGUGGUGACUAUCUCCACCAUAGAUAGGCGCAAAUUACGUUUAGUAUUCAAGGCUCACAUUAUCGAAAUGGAUGGUAAAAUCUUGCUCGAUUUCCGUUUAUCCAAGGGCUGUGGUUUGGAGUUCAAGCGGCGUUUUAUUAAAAUCAAACAACUUAUGGAGGAUGUUGUUCUGAAAGGACCCGUCACUUGGCCCAUAGCAAUUGCCACCAAUUGUGUGCCUUAAGUGUAUUUUCAACUUUAUAUAUUAAAUUUAUUUUAAUUGUUUUAAUUUAUAUGUAUAAUGUUUUACUAUUUCUUGGUCAUAUGAUAAUUGUUUGUUUGUUUUUUAGUAUUUCUUGAUUUUAUUCCUAAAACUCCUCUUAAAUUAUUGACUUUUUAAUGUAAAAAAAAAACUAAACUAUCCCGCCUGACACAGAAAUCCAUUCUGAUCGUAUGUCGAAUAAAUUCCGCAUUUUGCUUCUUCAGAAAAAUUAAAACUAAUUUUUUUGCGGAAUGAAACCGCUAUUAAUCACUUGACUUUUGUUUUAAUAUACAAGACAUUGCAAAAUUAUAAUCGAAAAUAUAGAAUUAUUAACUCUAUUAACUCGAAUUAACCUGAAGAAGCUAAAACAAAAUGUAUCGGAAUAAUAAAUAAUAACCGAAUGAAAUGUGUGACAGGCUUGUAUAAAAAAGGAAUUGCCUUAUAUGGAAACCAUUGUUUUAGGCUAAGUAGGUAGACAACAUUGAUGUUUUUUAAUAAAAGUGACUUUUUAAUACAUUUUUUAAAAAAUAAAAAGAAAAUAA